AUGGCAGAGGAUAAGAAGACAGACGAUUACACGAUCGAGAUGGACAAGCUGGACAAGGAGAACAAGAGUUUCGAGCCUGCGCCUAUUCAUCGCUCCAGGAGUCCUCAUCCCAGCCAUAAUAAUGCAUUGGCCAGCAAUCCCAUCCUCCCGGUGAUCUCGUACUGCGGUUCAUCUAUCCUGAUGACCGUCAUGAACAAGUACGUCUUGUCUGGCACCGAGUUCAAUCUCAAUUUCUUUCUACUCUUGGUGCAGUCUAUCGUCUGCAUAAUUACAAUCCAAACAUGCAAAUCAUGUAAUAUUAUCACAUAUCGUGAUUUCAACAGUGCUGAGGCUAGAAAAUGGUUCCCCAUUUCCGUGCUUUUAAUCGGCAUGAUCUAUACCGGCUCCAAGGCGCUUCAGUACCUCUCCAUCCCUGUGUACACUAUCUUCAAGAACUUGACCAUUAUCCUCAUUGCUUACGGCGAGGUACUGUGGUUCGGGGGUUCUGUCACCGGCCUCACCCUGUUCUCUUUUGGACUCAUGGUUCUGAGCUCCAUCAUCGCCGCAUGGGCCGACAUCAAGCAUGCUGUCGAGAGCAGCACCGAUGCCACUUCCAAGGUGUCUACUCUGAAUGCAGGAUACAUUUGGAUGUUGAUCAACUGUUUUUGCACUUCCUCCUACGUGCUUGGAAUGCGGAAGAGGAUCAAAUUGACUAAUUUCAAGGACUUUGACACUAUGUACUACAACAACCUGCUGUCAAUUCCGUUGCUUAUUGUGUUUUCGGCUUGUGUCGAAGACUGGUCGUCCGCCAACAUCGCCCGGAACUUCCCUCCAGCAAACCGUAAUGGCAUUGCCUUCGCGAUGAUCCUGUCCGGUCUGUCAUCGGUCUUCAUCUCUUAUACGUCGGCCUGGUGUGUUCGCGUGACAUCUUCAACUACGUACUCCAUGGUGGGAGCAUUGAACAAGCUCCCAAUCGCACUGUCCGGGUUGAUUUUCUUCGAUGCUCCAGUCACAUUUCCGAGUGUAUCCGCUAUCGUUGUGGGCUUCGUCAGCGGUAUUGUCUACGCUGUCGCUAAGAUCAAGCAGAAUGCGAAGCCAAGGAUCGGCACCUUGCCUACCGUGCACGUGCCUGUUAGUGCCAGCAGCCAGAGUGUAAGGGACGGACUACGGUCAUCUUAA